UUCCGCGCAUUUUCACAUUAACCCAAUCGAUAAUGAGAUACUCGGGAGGAACAUCGGGACCUUAUCGCGACCCCUUCUCCUCUUCCUCUGCUUCCUCCUCUCCUUCACUCGCUUUACGCGAACCUCUGCUCCCCUCGCCCAUGGCGGCGCCCUCCAUCCUGUGCCCUAGAAUCCCAAUCGCGCCCCUUCGACGCCCCUCGCUUCUCCUUCCUCGAUCCUUCUCGGCCUUCGCCUCUCCCGUCUCUUCACGGCUCCCCGACGAAGCUCCCAAAGGGAAAGAAUUCUCAGGCAGUGUUGGAUUUUUGGGUCUUGGAAUCAUGGGUUCGCCCAUGGCACUGAACCUUCUCAAGGCUGGAUGUGAUGUUACUGUUUGGAAUAGAACUAAAAGCAAAUGUGAUCAUCUCAUCAGUCUUGGUGCUAAAUUUGGAUCUUCACCGGCAGAAGUUACUUCAUCUUGCAAUGUGACAUUUGCAAUGCUUGCUGACCCUGGAAGCGCACUUGUUGUUGCAUGUGGAACCAAUGGAGCUGCUGAAGGAAUGGGUCCAGGAAAAGGUUAUGUUGAUGUAUCAACUGUUGAUGGAGCCACCUCGAAAUUAAUCAACAAGCAAAUUAAAGAUACAGGAGGAUCUUUUCUGGAGGCUCCAGUUUCAGGCUCCAAAAAGCCUGCAGAAGAUGGCCAGCUUAUUUUCCUUACUGCUGGUGAUGCAUCCUUGUAUGAAACUGUGGCUCCACUCUUAGACAUCAUGGGCAAGUUGAGAUUCUAUCUUGGGGAUGUCGGGAACGGUGCAGCGAUGAAGAUCGUGGUUAAUAUGAUCAUGGGAAGUAUGAUGGCUUCAUUUUCAGAAGGGCUGCUGCUUAGUGAGAAAGUUGGACUGGACCCCAAUGUUCUUAUUGAGGUUGUUUCUCAGGGUGCUAUUAGUGCUCCGAUGUACUCAGUGAAGGGUCCUUCAAUGGUUAAAGCAGCAUAUCCUACUGCGUUCCCUUUAAAACAUCAACAGAAGGAUUUGAGACUGGCUUUAGGACUAGCCGAGUCAGUGUCUCAGCCAAUCCCAAUCGCGGCGGCCGCAAACGAGCUCUACAAGGUUGCCAAGUCUCGUGGCCUCAGUGACCAAGACUUCUCAGCAGUUAUCGAAGCAUUGAGAACGAAGAUGCAUAGUUCGGAGCAGUGAACAUUGCUAUCAGAGGCUUCAGGGAUUCUAGUGGCUAUCGCUACAUCGUAGCCACAUUUGUCGUUAUGAACUUAUUUAGUAACAUCUCUCUCUCUCUCUCUAGCUUGAUUCUGACAGAAAAUGCUAGGCUUGUAGAAGAGAUUUUGCAGCAAAAAUUCAGACGUAAAAAUACUUGAAAAUGUAACUUACCGAUAGGCGAUAUGUUAAGGUUGUAUACUGCUGAGUCUCAGUUCAAUAUGUUAUGUAUUUACAUAUUUCACUGUCGAUUCUCAGCCUUUUGUCGGCACCGAUGUUAAUUUUAGAAUAAAAAAGGAAUUAAGAAAAA